AAAUCUAAUAAGCAUCUGAGGAACAAAAAAAUGAUGAUCAUCACGUGAACAUCUGCCUUUGCUUUCCUACAAUUGCUAAUGAUUGAAUCAGCAGUAGGCCAGGCUCCGGUGAAGCCUGGUUGUAAAGAGCAUUGUGGGAAUGUCAGCUUUCCAUACCCCUUUGGAAUCAGAGCAGAUUGCUACAUGCACAAAGAGUUUGAGGUCUCCUGCGGUGAAACUUCCAACCCCCCUACAAAUUUACUAACCAGCAUAGAGACUGAGGUGCUGUAUUUCUCUCUUGAUCACAGUAUAGUUAAUGUCAAAAUACCAAUCACCUCCCAGCAGUGUUCUGUAAGUUCGAAUUUUUUGGAUUUCUCGGGGAGUCCUCUCAUGUCCUACAAAGGGAGAAUGUUGUUGCUCCCUGAGGGAUAUGUUCCAGCUUUGUUAGACAGGGUGAUUACUGAUGAGGAUGCAUCACAAUUACCAUAUAGAUAUGAUCAUGCAUUUAAUUGUUCCCAGUUUAAUGGUACUAUUGCUAAUUCUUCCUUCUUUAUAAUACUUCUUCCCUCCGUACCUUAUGGAUGUCAAGAAAUUGACAAACGCAAUAUGACCCCAGGCACAUUUUUAACUGUGGUUGGGACUCAAUUUGUUUCAGUACCUAUGUCUUCAACAGAGCUUGUCACUAGCAUCUAUAGGCCUCUUGAGUGCAAGAAAACAUUAUCUGCUCCCUUAGACAAAGUCAAGCCUCUCAUCUCAGCCACCAUACCAGAAUAUCAAGUUGGUAUCUGCCAUCCAGAUUGUCUCCACUGAGAACUUUUGUUUCAUGCUGCCCACGGUGAACUCAGCUAUUUUUUCUAGUCUUUCACAAAUUCUGUCUUCUGGUAGCCAACAGUCAUAACAAAGGGAGGUUUGUUUG